CAAACCACCCACAACGCCUCUCCCACUGCCACUCAUUCUUCUUCUUCUUCCUCAAAUCCCCAUCACCGAAUCACCGUCAUAAUCCACUCACGCCGUCAAAUCCAAACCAAUGAACCCCUCCCACUCAAUCGCCGAUAACUAACCCGCCAAAUUUUCCGUUACUGAUGGCGACGGCGGCUGCGGCGUUGGUUCUCAAGCCGUCGUGCGUGCUGCGACGGCCGAGGGGAGCCAAAGCGACGACGUACAAGAGUAAGCGAGCAAUAAAGGGACGAGCUUUGGGGGAUUUCGGGCACUUCGGUCUGGUGGUCAGCAAGGACGUGGAGUUUCUGAAGCGGAGGAUUGGUGGAGGAUUUGAGUGGGCGAAUAAGACUCUUCGGAUUCCGGAGGUGUUCAAAGCCGUCGACGACGUCGUUUGGCUUCGUAACCUCGAAGAACCCUAUGCCCCUCCCUUGCCGGAGGCGCGUUGGCCUCAACCUUCCUAUCCAGAAUUCACUGGUGUCGAUCUAUUCAUGGCGGAUCUCAAAGCGUUAGAGGCAUAUGCUCUUUACUUUUAUUAUCUUUCUAAGAGUUGGUCCAAGCCGCUUCCUGAAGUCUAUGACCCAGAAAGUGUUGCUGAUUAUUUCAGUUGUAGGCCUCACGUAGUCACCCUUAGACUUCUUGAGGUAGUUUCCUCCUUUGCUUUUGCUGCAAUCAGAAUUCGGACAUCUGGGAUCAAAAAGUAUUUACGACCAAGUUCGGGUGAUGAUUAUGAAAGCUUAUCACAAUACAAUGUUGGAAUGGUGUUAAAAGAAACUAUGCUAAAUCUGGGUCCCACUUUUAUCAAAGUUGGCCAGUCCCUUUCCACCAGACCAGACAUUAUUGGUGCUGAAAUUUCCCAGCCAUUGUCUGAGCUGCAUGAUCAAAUCCCUCCUUUUUCCAGGGAUGUGGCGAUGAAAAUUAUCGAAGAAGAAUUAGGAUCUCCUGCUGAGUCACUCUAUAGCUACAUUUCUGAGAAACCUGAGGCAGCGGCAUCUUUUGGUCAGGUCUACCGUGCACGUACUCAUGAUGGACUGGAUGUUGCUGUUAAAGUUCAACGUCCUAACUUGCGUCAUAUUGUAGUGCGCGAUAUAUACAUUCUUCGCCUGGGGCUUGGACUAUUGCAAAAGAUAGCAAAGCGAAAAGGUGAUCUCCGCCUAUAUGCCGAUGAGCUUGGUAAAGGUUUUGUUGGAGAACUGGAUUAUACUUUAGAAGCUGCAAAUGCUUCCAAGUUUCUGGAAGUUUAUUCCUCCUAUCCAUUCAUGCGUGUGCCAAAAGUAUUCCAAAGUUUAAGUGGAAAGAGAGUUCUGACAAUGGAGUGGAUUGUUGGUGAGAGUCCAACUGACUUAUUGUCUGUAUCUUCUGGAAGCUCUACAGAUGAUAGCUCUACAUAUACAGAGAGGCAAAGAUUAGAUUCCAAAAGGCGUCUCCUUGAUCUGGUCAGGAAAGGGGUGGAGGCAGUACUAGUUCAGCUCCUUGAAACAGGAUUAUUGCAUGCUGAUCCACAUCCUGGGAACCUACGUUACACAUCUUCAGGACAAAUAGGGUUUUUGGAUUUUGGCCUGCUUUGUCAGAUGGAAAAGAGGCAUCAAUAUGCUAUGCUUGCAUCUAUUGUCCACAUUGUAAAUGGAGAUUGGGCAUCCCUUGUCCAAUGUUUGACUGAAAUGGAUGUUGUAAGACCAGGGACUAAUAUCAGACGUGUAACAAUGGAUCUGGAAUAUGACUUGGGGGAGGUAGAAUUCAGAGAUGGAGUUCCUGAUGUGAAGUUCAGCAGGGUUUUGGGUAAGAUCUGGUCCCUAGCCUUCAAGUAUCAUUUUCGCAUGCCACCCUACUACUCGCUUGUUCUACGUUCUCUUGCUUCCUUUGAAGGAUUAGCCGUUGCUGGAGAUAGAAAUUUUAAGACAUUUGAAGCUGCAUACCCUUAUGUCGUUCGGAAACUACUUACUGAAAACUCAGCUGCCACAAGGAAAAUUUUGCAUUCGGUAGUUUUUAACAAAAAGAAGGAGUUCCAGUGGCAAAAGCUUGCUCUUUUCUUAAAAGUAGGCGCAACUAGGAAAGGUUUGAAUGGGAGUAUAGCAUCAAAACUCGACACUUCUCAUGAUUAUUUACCUACAAGAGACAAUGGUGAAAUUGAUGUUGCAAACUUGGUCCUGAAGCUUUUACCAUCUAAAGAUGGUGUUGUGCUGAGAAGACUCUUGAUGACUGCAGAUGGAGCUUCAUUGAUCCAAGCAAUGGUAUCCAAGGAAGCAAAGUUUUUCCGCCAGCAAUUUUGCAGGUUUGUUGCAGACAUUUUGCAUCAAUGGAUGCUUGAAACGUUUGUGCGGGGCAUUACAACAGUUCAGUAUAGCUCUAAUUUGAGAGUGGCAAGUGGACCUGACAACAAAGAACUAGGUCCAUCUUCCAGACUAUCUACUCCAAUUUAUGAUUAUCGCUCUGUCCUCAGAGAUCGACGGCUCAAAGUGAUUUUCUCAAACAUAAUAAACUCUGCAAGGAAAAAUCCAGUACUGAUGCUGAGGUUCUGUUGGACUUCCUUUGUUAUGUCUGUUGUGGCUUUUGCUUUGGCUUCUCAUCGUGUUCUAAUAUCCUUCUCUGAAGCUUACUUGGGCCCGAUAUCUUUUGCUUCGAAACAGUAUGCGAUCCCAUGAUGCGCAUAUUUAACUCCCAUAUAACCCUUUUGAAGUAGAUAAGAGCUGUGGAAACUUCUUGAAGCAAGAAUGAUUGAUUUCAAUGGAAGAUAUGAGGGAUUUUUCUUUCGUUUCUUGAGUUGGAUUAACGUAUCAAGGCCACGCCAAACCUCAGUCACUCAGUGCUUGCAUUGACCCAGGAAUAAAAGACUAAGCCAGAAAUGUGAGGAAAGAAGUGUAUCAAGGAUGGACAUAUAAGCUGUCAAAGAGUAUAAACUACUGAGGCAUGUGUAUAUGUAUAGAUUUUUGCAAGUUCGAGUUAAUCAGAUGGCAUGUAAGAGAUCAACAUCUCAUUAAUGCUGGUAGCAAUGCAGUCUAUACUUAGAAGAUAGAAAAGGGGACUCUUUCCCAUGUUGUAAGUUGUAACACAUCUAAUUUUUGUUGGUAGUUGAUUGUUGAAAUCAAAUUGUAAUCUAUAUAUUGUUGAAAAGUGGGUCAAUUCCCCUUAUGGAGUUUGUUAGUGUUGA